GAACGUUGGGUUAAGUUCUUCCGGGAAGCAGGAAUUCCUGCAGCAAUAGCUGCAGAUUAUGCUAUUACGUUCAAUGCUAAUCGCAUACAGAGGAAUAUGCUGUUGGACUUGAACAGAGAAAUACUAAAGGAAAUGGGCAUUACGUUGAUAGGAGAUGUCAUUGCAAUAUUGAGACAUGCAAAAACAGUUCAUGACAAGAGAGCACGUGAAAGAAUUUUGGCUGCACAAUCAUCACCACAAAAGUCUGCAUCCCGUGGCCAAAAAGAUGGAACAGAGACAUCAGUAAAGGCAAGGAAACACAACGCAUCAGAAGAAUCAGGAAAACAGCCUCUCUCACUGGCUGCUCAAAAUGAAGUGGUGACUGUGGCCCCAAAAAGAUGUAUUGCACCUGUUCAGUCUGAAAUUGCGGUCAGGCAGAAUGGAGAAGAGGAUACCAGCAUGGAGGUGGACGAUGAAAUAAAAGUCAUAACACCGGUUCAACCACCCACAAAGAAGGCACGCAUGGUUCUACCAGAGCAUGAAGGUGGUUACCGCAUCACCAUGUCUGCAGGCACGACACCUCGAAGUCGUGCCAUCCUUUCAAUGGCGAGACAAUCAAACAAGCACCGUGGAACAGUGUUUGACCGCCUGGGAGAAUGUGUUGUGUCGAGCACUAGAGGAGGAGGGACUCCUCCGGAAGAAACAGCCGGUGCUGGAACGACAGUCAUUACUGUCACAGGAGUAACUCCCAGUCCGAACAAGGUAGGAAAUUCAGUAUUUUCCCGUCUAGGACGAAAGAAAGCAGCUGCAUCACCUGUGGCAAAUUCAGCAACACCCGUGCGUGCUAUGAGGUCGAGUGGGCCAGUGUCAGAGCAGCUGCAGUAUGCAGGCAUACUUAAAAAGAAUUCCAAUUCGCCGUCAAGGAAAGGCACUAUUGUAAUAAAACAAAAAAAGACUGGGACCAUGCGAGCAGAUGAGGAAACAGGAACUGCAAAAGAACGAUUGGGACUGAAGGAAGAUGGUCAAAAAGGGAGCAUACCUAUUGAACCUGCAGUGGUCAGAAAGAUUCUUUCAACAACAGGAAAGAUGUCUGCGGGAAUACUGAGCAAUCCAGAAAAUGCUACUACUCGCAGCGUGAAAACGAGGUUAGGUGUUACGAUAACUAGUAGACAACCAUGAAAACAGGCUGGUUUUAGACCGCGUAUUACUGGCCCAAGUAGUGAAAGUAGGACACCAGUCAUGAAGAUUGUACCUGGAUUAAGAAAUUCUUUUGGCAGGAAUUUUGUCUCUCGAGGUGGCAGCCAGUGGAGGGGCGGCAGAUUUUCGUCAAGACUGGCAGGGAGGCCCAGUUUUAGGCGCUAGUUCCUCUCUUAUCGAGACUGUAAUAUUCCUUGUAUGCAAAUGAAUCUGUCGAUAAUAAUAGAAUGAUUGUAAUGUUGUAUAAUUAAAAAGAAUGAAGGCUCUUGUCACAUGGAGUGUGGGGCAUUUUAUGGAAGUGAACAAUAACAGGCUGAUUCCAGGAUGUGUGGAGUGAAAAAUUGGAGAUACAGCCCACUCUGUGAGAUAAAAGUAUACUUGUUGAGCUCUGUAUUACUAUUAUUACAGUAACUAUUUUUCUAAAGAUCUGUUAAUGUAUGCAUGAUUAUUGAUAAAGGAUACAAUGUCCUAUUCAUUUCAGUACCCUUUUGCAAAUAUAAUGGCAUGUUAACAGGAAAUCAAAAAGAAUGCCAACAAAAUUUACUUUUAUGUGGUAAGAUGUGCAGUUGAAAUUUUUGUGGACCACCAUCUGCUGUUUAAUUU